AUGUUGAAUACAAAUGAAAGCAAUUCUACUACAUCCUUGCAGUCAUACCUACGCUCGAAACCGUUAAUGCUGUCUCGAUCUGAAUCAACUCGAGAUCGUCGCAAUGCUUUACCGGAUACAUCAUCGAUAUCCCACAACGCGAAUACUUUCCAUCAAACGCAAUAUUGUCAACAGCUAGCCAAUCGAGUUCGAGAACUUGAAGAUGAACUUAUACCUGAUUAUUCUCAUUCGAGAUUGCCUUCAAUUCACUCGUCAUAUUCAGCAUUGACACCGUGCUCGAGCAUUGGUACCAGUGGUAUCUCAACGUAUGGACGACCACAUAAUUUUCCCAUUAAUUUGGUAUCACCAAAUACAUUAGUGCCGACGGAACGGUAUGGUUUAUCUCCGAAAAUUUUUGAACGUGCUCACGCGAUUCCUGAACGAUUUUGGAUCGAUUGGCAACAGAAACAAAUGCAACAACGAAUCGAUGAACUUGAAUCAAUCAAAAACAAAUCAGUUAAUCUAAAUGAAUCUGAUGCAUCGAUAAUUGAUCGUCGGAAAAGUCUGAUAUUACUACACAAUACACAGCGUGGCAUCAACCUUCCUCAAUCACGAAGUUUUAACACGACAAUGUCAUCGAGUGUCGACACUGAAACGUCGUCAUCAAGUGCAGCUGAUGAUCAAAGUUUAUUUCAAUUUCAUAGACGAUCAUUAGACAGAGUUAAUACAAAUACAUCGUUGUCAAAAGAAUUACCGACUUCUAACUCCUCUGGACGAAAGUUGCAAUCAACACUCGAUCGUUCUCACUUAACGAUACCUCUACCAUUUUCUCAUAAUACAUAUUCUCCAUCUGUCGUUAAACGGCCACCCGACGAAACAAACUAUCUUCAUCCUACUGUAUCGACGUGUAGUAGCAUCGAAGAUGUAGCCAAAAUAGAUACUGAACUCAAUGUCACCUUACUUUCUCAUCAAAAUUCCGAUCAAACAAGUCCUUUGUUAUAUUCGAAAGCCACGAUAAAUCGAACGGUUGAAUUUCGAUCUUCAUCAGCGAAAAACGGUUCAAUAGACUAA